AUGACUUCAAGUGAUGACAAGAAACCAGCAAUCGACUAUAAAAUCCCACGUCCGAGCUCGAGUAUCAUACUCAUAUCACCCGAGAACGAAGUCCUACUGCUUCACCGAGUAAAAACGUCCUCCUCGUUCCCCUCGGCGCAUGUAUUCCCAGGCGGAAAUAUAUCUUCUCAGGACGGCGAUUUUCCCUCAGCAGGUCACCCGGACAGUCACGACGAUGGAGUUCACUAUAGACGAGCUGCAAUUCGCGAAAUGUUCGAGGAGAGUGGUAUACUGCUUGCGAGGAACAAGAGCACUGGUCGUAUGGUGAGACUUAGCCCAGCGGAGCGAGAGGAAGGUCGACAUGCCAUACAUAGAAACGAGAUUACGUUUGAGAAGUGGUUAAAGAGCGUUGAUGCCGACGCUGCGCCAGAUACAGAACCCCUUAUACCAUUUUCACAUUGGAUAACACCCUCCGUAAAUGCUCGCCGCUUCACGACACAGAUGUACCUAUACUUUCUCCCUCCCACAAAUGACGCCGGCAGCAAUGACAUUACAGACCAGGGGCUGAACAGUGAAGAAGCCCAAGUGCCCACCUCGGAUGGCGGAAUUGAAGUUACGGAAGCACAAUUCCUACCUGCGUCAGAGUGGCUACGACGCGCAAAGGCAAAUGAGAUUAUCAUGUUUCCUCCCCAGGUGCUAUUACUGAGCUUCGUUACACAGUUUCUCGAAAGGGUGGGUGAAAGGGUACCAAUCUCAGCUGAAGAGUCGUCCAAACGACGAGAAGAAUUGGUCAAAUUCAUUCACUCGGGUACACCCGCUUGGACUCAUAAGUUCAUCUCACCGCGGCCGCUAGGAAGCAUGCCUGAUGGCAGGUUGAUUAUGGAUUUAAAUUAUCCGGGUAAAGAAUUACAAAAGACUGAGAAGAGAGGUGAUCCAGAUAGAGUCAUUCUUGUGGAAUUCAAGAAAGAAGGACCGAGAGGAGUAGAAGUGCGAUGGCUCAGUGAGGUUGAAGCCCAUCUAGAGGGUCGUAAGAGCUCGCUCUAG